GGGAAAAAAAGUGUACUCGCCCAAUUUUCCCGUCCAUUGCGGGCCGAUCCGAAUCCGCCCGUUUCUCUAUUACCCGAGCUGAGGGGCAGACAAAUUGGGUGCUAAGGAGAAUACUUAUACAAACAGUAAAAUGUGGAAAGACAGAGGACCAGGAGUGAAGAUCCUCUGGCUUUGGGCCAUUGGAACUGCUGGAAUUUUAGUAACUAGCGUUGUGAGGACCAGACUGCGGGAUAUGGAGCAGUUUAUGAACGCUCAGCAACAAACGCCUGGACCUAUUGACUCACCUGCGACAAGCGAUAAUGAUGAUCAUCAAUCAUUGAAUUCUGAGGAUUUCAUUCGGGAGGAGAAAGGGUGAAUAAUAGUCUUGUAUGCUAUGUGUUUGAUGAAUUGUCUGAAUGGUGAUUUUAAUUGUUCCUUUACAGAAUUUGGAAUUAUUUAACUCUUUUCAGCUCUUU